AUGGCCGCUACUACCUCUGUCCCCACCCAGAACCAGGUCCUCGUUCCUGAGACCCUUCUGAAGAAGCGCAAGUCCCAGGAGGCUGCCCGCGCUGAGCGCCGUGCCGAGGCCGAGAAGACCAAGAAGGCCAACAAGGAGAAGCGCGGUGUCAUCUUCAAGCGUGCCGAGUCCUACGUCCAGGAGUACCGCACCGCUGAGCGCGAGAAGAUCCGCCUCAACCGUGUUGCUCGUCAGGAAGGCAGCUUCUUCGUUGAGGGUGAGCCCAAGCUCGUCUUCGUUGUCCGUAUCAAGGGUAUCAACAAGAUUGCUCCCAAGCCCCGCAAGAUUCUCCAGCUUCUGCGUCUGCUCCAGAUCAACUCUGGUACUUUCAUUCGUCUCACCAAGGCUACCCAGGAGAUGUUGACCAUCGUCAACCCCUACAUUGCCUACGGUUACCCCAACCUGAAGUCCGUCCGCGAGCUUCUGUACAAGCGUGGUUACGGAAAGGUCGACAAGCAGCGCACUCCUCUCACCGAUAACCAGAUCAUCGAGGAGCACCUCGGCAAGUUCGGUAUCGUCUGCAUGGAGGAUCUGAUCCACGAGAUCUACACCGUUGGCCCCAACUUCAAGCAGGCCAACAACUUCCUCUGGCCCUUCAAGCUGUCCAACCCCACCGGUGGUUUCCGCGCCCGCAAGUUCAAGCACUACAUCGAGGGUGGUGACACCGGUAACCGUGAGGAGAACAUCAACGCUCUCAUCCGCCAGAUGAACUAG